AUGGUCUCCUUCCACGCCACCGUAAUCCCCGUGCUGAUCAAGUCCCUGCAAACCACAUCGACCCUCCUCGACAAGGCCGAGGCCCACGCCAAGGCGAAGGGGACCCCCUUCUCCUCGCUCUUCUCCGCGCGCCUCGUCGACGACAUGCUGCCGCUGUCGGCGCAGGUCACCAUCACGGUGCUGUUCGCGCGCAAGGGCAUCCAGCUGCUGACCACCCGCGACGACCUCGUCGCCGCCCUCGAGUACAAGGAGUACUCCGUCGAGGAGAGCCGCGCCCAGCUGGAGGAGACGCUGGAGGCGCUGCGGAAGGUGCUCCCCGAGCACGUCGAUGGGAAGGAGGAGGAGGUCGUGCAGGUGUCGAUGUAUGAGAAGAGCGCGGAUGUGUCGGCGAAGGACUGUACGUUGAACCAUACCCCCCUCCCGCCCCACCCCCAAUAUCAUCAUCAUCAUCAUCCAAAGUGCCUUGCCUCAGAAUCGCGCAGGCCGCACAUACAUAACCCACCUUAA